CGUAUUGUGAUGGCGUAGUACAGUAAAAUUGACGUGCUGAGCUUUAAACUCGAGGCUUCAGCUGUAGCGGCAUUUGAUUCAGACGAACCGGUGGAGGAGGAGGAGGAAGUUACCGGUGUUGGUGUUGCUCAGCUGGACUCACCUGGACUUAGAGCGGGCAGCGGCUGACAUUUUGGAACAAGUAUGUCUGUUGUCUUCACGCAGCUGCUUCUGCUGCUGUGGAAAAACUUCACCUACCGACGACGACAGACGCUUCAACUGCUGGUGGAGAUCGUCUGGCCACUCUUCAUCUUCUUCAUCCUCAUCUCCGUGCGACUCAAUUACCCGCCCUACGAACAACAUGAGUGUCAUUUUCCCAACAAGGCAAUGCCUUCAGCCGGAACUCUACCGUGGCUUCAGGGAAUCCUCUGCAACGCCAACAAUCCCUGCUUCAGAAACCCAACACCUGGAGAGUCUCCGGGAAUCGUUGGCAACUUUAAUGACUCGAUAAUAUCUCGUCUUUUUUCUGAUGCCAAAAAGAUUUUGCUCUACAGCCAAAAUGACCAGAACCUGGAAAGCUUCAAGGAGCUUGCACGGGCCCUCAAGGCCCUACAGGACAGUCGCUCAGGCUUCAAACUGAAACACGUUCUCAAAGAUGAUGAAACUCUGUCUAGUUUCUUGAUGAAAAACGCAUCAUUGCCUGAAAACAUCGUGCAACAGAUAAAUGAUGGAAACAUCAACCUAGAGAAGGUCUUCCUCCGUGGAUUUGGCGUCCACCUUAGGGACAUGUGUCCCAGGAAUGGAGGAGCGUCCAUGGUAGAAGACUACGUGACAUUCUCGGAUCCUCAGGUGACAGCGUUUGUACAAGAAGUCAUCUGUCGUUCGCCCACCGCCUGGUUAAACCUCGCUGAGGAACACUUCCUCAGUAGCCUGGACUUUCUCAAACCCAUCCAAAGGGAUGUCACCUCUGAUCCAGAGGCUGUGAGACAGGUUGCCAUUGCGACUAACAACCUCCUGGACAGUCUAGGUUUCUUGGCAGUGGAGUUGGCAGGUAUGAAGAGCUGGGUGGCCCUAAGGAACGAGAUCAUCUUCCUGACCCACAACGCCACAUCAUCACCUAGUGCCAUGUACCAGGCAGUGUCUAGGAUUGUUUGUGGUCACCCUGAGGGCGGCGGGCUGCAGAUCAAGUCUCUGAACUGGUACGAAGACAGCAACUACAAAGCACUUUUUGGAAACUACAACAGCAGUGAGGACGAUGCUGCCGCUCACUACGACAAUUCUUCCACACCAUACUGCAACAGUCUUGUCCAAAAUAUGGACUCUAACCCAAUGUCCAGAAUGAUCUGGCAAGCACUGAAGCCACUGCUCAUGGGAAAAAUUUUGUACACACCCCAUACGUCAGCCACACAAAAAAUCAUCCAUGAAAUGAACCGGACCUUCCAGGAGCUGGGUGUGUUCAGGGAUCUUGGAGGAAUGUGGGAAGAGAUGAGACCGAAAGUGUGGGACUUCAUGGAGAACAGUCCACAGAUGGACCUUGUCAGGACCCUACUGAAGAACAACAUCACCGCCAGCUUCUUCCACGCUCAGCUGUCUGAAACAGACUGGACUGUUGCAGAUUUGUCCAACUUCCUGUCGAAGAAGGUGGCUAACCGACGAUCGCCCGGCAGCACUCUCACAUGGAGGGAGGUUUUUAACGAGACUGACCAGGCCAUCAUGAGCAUCUCCCGCUUCAUGGAGUGUGUGAACCUGGACAAACUCCAGCCAGUCUCUACUGAGGAGGUUAUGGUGAACGAGUCCAUGAUAUUGUUGGAGGACAGGAAGUUCUGGGCAGGAAUCGUGUUUUCAGACAUCACCACCAACACCACCGAACUACCAGCCAACAUCAGCUACAAAAUCCGCAUGGACAUUGACAAUGUGGAGAGGACCAAUAAAAUUAAAGACGCGUACUGGGACCCAGGUCCUCGGGCCGAUCCAUUCGAAGACAUGAGGUACAUCUGGGGUGGGUUUGUGUACCUGCAGGACGUCAUUGAGCAUGGCAUCAUCAGAGCCGUGACAGGGACCAAGGAGAAGACUGGUGUCUACAUCCAGCAGAUGCCAUAUCCAUGCUAUGUAGAUGACAUCUUCUUGCGUGUGAUGAGCCGCUCCAUGCCGCUCUUCAUGACUCUGGCAUGGAUGUACUCGGUCGCCAUCAUCCUAAAGAGUGUUGUGUAUGAAAAGGAGGCACGGCUUAAAGAGACUAUGAGGAUCAUGGGUUUGGACAACGGGAUUUUGUGGCUCAGCUGGUUCAUCAGCAGCCUGAUUCCUCUGCUGAUUAGUGCUGGGCUGUUGGUGCUGGUGCUCAAGAAAGGAAACCUGCUGCCCUACAGUGACCCUGGUGUAAUCUUCCUCUUCCUUGCGUCCUACGCUGUAGUGACUAUCAUGCAGUGUUUCCUCCUGAGCACAGCAUUUGCACGAGCGAACCUGGCAGCAGCAUGUGGAGGCAUCAUUUACUUUACACUCUACCUGCCCUAUGUGCUGUGCGUCGCCUGGGAGGAUUACAUUGGCUUCGGCACCAAACUUUUCGCUACUCUCCUGUCUCCAGUGGCUUUUGGGUUUGGCUGUGAGUACUUUGCCCUGUUUGAGGAGCAGGGCGUCGGGAUCCAGUGGCUGAACCUUCUGACUUCCACAGAAGACGGUGGCUUUAACCUCCGCACUGCCAUCAUCAUGAUGUACUUUGACUCCUUUCUGUAUGGUCUCCUCACCUGGUACAUUGAGGCCGUGUUUCCAGGUCAGUAUGGAAUCCCUCGAAUUUGGUAUUUCCCAUUCACCAAGACCUAUUGGUUUGGAGAAAAGGAAGGGAAGUCCAGCAGCAUUCCACUCAACCGGACUGGAAACCAAAGAGCUGUGUGUAUAGAGGAGGAGCCAGCUCACCUGGAGCUCGGUGUUUACAUUGAGAACUUGGUAAAGGUUUACCGCCAUGGGAAAAAGCUUGCAGUGGAUGGACUGACACUGGGCUUCUACGAGGGGCAGAUCACGUCCUUCCUGGGGCACAAUGGAGCAGGAAAAACAACCACGAUGUCAAUCCUCACUGGUCUGUUCCCCCCCACCUCCGGCACUGCCUACAUCAUGGGCAGAGACAUCCGUACAGACCUGACAGCGAUUCGACAGAGUCUUGGAGUCUGUCCGCAACAUAAUGUUCUUUUCAGCAUGCUGACAGUGGAGGAGCACAUCUGGUUUUAUGCACGUCUCAAAGGUUUGUCAGAGGAGCAGGUGAAAGGAGAGAUUGAACAGAUUCUACAGGACACUGGACUGCCACAUAAACGCACAGCCCGGACCAGCACUCUGUCCGGGGGCAUGCAGAGGAAGCUGUCUGUGGCCCUGGCUUUUGUUGGUGGGUCAAAGGUUGUGAUUCUUGAUGAGCCAACAGCUGGUGUUGACCCCUAUGCACGUAGAGGAAUAUGGGAUCUGCUGCUGAAAUAUCGACAGGGGCGCACUAUCAUCUUGUCCACUCACCACAUGGACGAGGCGGACAUCCUUGGUGACAGGAUUGCAAUCAUUUCCCACGGAAAGCUUUGCUGUGUGGGUUCUUCCUUGUACCUGAAGAACCAUUUAGGGACAGGUUAUUAUCUGACACUGGUCAAGAAAGAUCCAGAACCAUCGCUGAGCUCCUGUAGAAACUCUUCCAGCAAUGUAUCCUUCAGCAAAAAGGACGGGGAAUGUGCAUCAGUGAGCAGCAGUGACGCCGGCUUAGGAAGUGAAAAUGAAAGUGAGGCAGCAACCAUCGAUAAUGGACCUGCUGCGACCUUCUGUAACAUCCCUUUUGUUCCACCGGAUGUGUCCCUUAUCUCAAGUCUAAUCUUGCGCCAUGUGCCCACUGCCCGCUUGGUUGAGGACCUGGGCCAUGAGGUGACUUUCGUACUACCAUACCACGCUGCUAAAGAUGGCGCCUUUGUGGAUCUGUUCAAAGUUCUGGAUGUGAAACUUGUGGACCUCGGCAUCUCCAGCUAUGGUGUGUCAGACACCACACUGGAGGAGAUUUUCCUAAAGGUGGCAGAAGAUAACGGAGUGGACACUGAAGUACCCUCAGAUGGAACACUUCCUGUUCGCCGUCGGAGGCGGACUCACGCAUUUGGAGGAGGUGAACCUCAGAGUUGCCUGAGACCAUUAACGGAAGAUGACCGCGAUGAGGGAAACGAUGAGGAUGGUGAUCCUGAGAGUGGAGCAUCUGAUUGGGUGACGUGCACAGAUGGUAAAGGCUCAGCUCAGGUGACAGGGUGGAGUCUGAAGAGGCAUCAAUUUGUGGCUCUGAUGUGGAAACGUUUCCUGUACGCGCGUCGCUCCAGAAAGGGCUUCUUUGCACAGAUUGUUCUCCCGGCUGUGUUUGUCUGCAUCGCUCUUGUCUUCAGUCUUAUUGUCCCACCAUUUGGAAAGUAUCCCAGCCUAGAGCUACAGCCAUGGAUGUACGAAGACCAAGUCUCCUUCAUCAGCAACGACGCUCCCGGUGACGCUACAAUGCAGAGUUUACAAAACGCCCUUCUUGACCCACCAGGCUUUGGAGCACGCUGCAUGGUUGGACAUCCAAUCCAGGAGGCAACAUGUACAAUGGGUGAUGAUGACUGGCUCGUUCCUGAUGUCCCCGAGAGUGUUCAGCAGCUGUUUAGCUCCGAUAACUGGACCAUGGACGACCCAUCACCUGCCUGUGUCUGCAGCUGUCAUGGCAAGAAAAAGAUGCUCCCAGAUUGUCCCGCUGGGGCUGGAGGACUACCUCCACCUGAGAUGAAGCUCAGUGCCACGGACACCCUGCAGAACCUGACAGGAAGAAACAUCUCAGACUACGUGGUCAAGACAUAUGCACAGAUUAUUGGAAAGAGCUUGAAGAACAAGGUCUGGGUGAAUGAGUUCAGGUAUGGCGGUUUCUCAUUGGGUGCGAGGAGCACUCAGGUCCUCCCACCAGCCAAUGAAGUCGAUGAUGCCAUUGAACGAGUCAGGAAGAUCUUUGAGUUACAGAAGGGGGCAGCAGCAGAUCGGUUCCUGGAGAGUUUGUCUGGUUUCAUCAAUGGUUUGGACACAAAGAACAAUGUGAAGGUCUGGUUCAAUAAUAAAGGCUGGCACAGUGUCACAGCCUUCAUUAACGUCAUAAACAAUGGAAUUCUCCGUGCUAACCUGCCUGAAGGUCAGGACCCUGAAUUUUAUGGCAUCAGAGCGUUUAACCACCCCCUGAAUCUGACCAAGGAGCAGCUGUCACAGGUGGCGCUAGUGACAACCUCAGUGGACGUGCUGGUGUCCAUCUGCGUGAUCUUUGCCAUGUCUUUCGUCCCGGCCAGUUUUGUGGUCUUUCUCAUUCAGGAGCGUGUUUCCAAAGCCAAACACAUGCACUUCAUCAGUGGUGUGCAGCCACUGCUCUACUGGGUCACCAACUUCAUCUGGGACAUGUGUAACUACAUUGUGCCUGCAACACUGGUCAUCCUCAUCUUUAUCUGCUUUCAACAAAAAUCCUACGUUUCAUCAAGUAACCUGCCGACACUUGCUCUGCUGCUGCUGCUCUAUGGCUGGUCGAUCACGCCCCUCAUGUACCCCGCUUCUUUCUUCUUCACCGUACCCAGCACAGCAUAUGUUGUUCUAACCAGCGUUAACAUCCUGAUCGGCAUUAACGGCAGCAUCGCCACCUUUGUCAUGGAGUUGUUUGGAAACAAUGAUAUUGGAGGAAUUAACGACAUCCUGAAGAACGUCCUGCUCAUCUUUCCACACUUUUGCUUGGGAAGAGGCUUGAUUGACAUGGUGAAGAACCAGGCCAUGGCAGAUGCCCUCGAAAGAUUUGGUGAGAACAGGUUCCGGUCUCCUCUGGAGUGGGACAUGGUCGGUAAAAACUUGUUCGCCAUGGCAGUGGAAGGCGUCUUCUUCUUCAUCAUCACUGUCCUCAUUCAGUACAGAUUCUUCUUCAAGCCCAGACCGGUCAGUUUAUUGAAUAAGCUCGGUCCACUUGGAGAGGAAGACGAGGAUGUGGCACGAGAGAGACAGAAGAUCGUCCACGGUCUGGGACAAGGAGACAUCCUGGAGCUGCGUCAGCUCACCAAGGUGUUUAAAAGGAAACAGAAGCCAGCUGUAGAUCGACUGUGUGUUGGGAUUCCACCCGGAGAGUGCUUUGGCCUUCUAGGUGUGAAUGGAGCUGGAAAGACAACAACCUUUAAGAUGCUGACUGGAGACACACUGGUGACGAGCGGAGAGGCCUUCUUAGCUGGAAAAAGCAUUCUGAGGGAAAUAGAUGAGGUUCAUCAGAACAUGGGCUACUGCCCACAGUUUGAUGCCAUCAAUGAAUUGCUGACAGGAAGAGAACACCUGGAAUUCUACGCCAUCCUGAGAGGAGUACCAGAGAAUGAAGUUUGCCAGGUGGCAGAAUGGGGAAUAAGAAAGUUGGGUCUCAUCAAAUAUGCUGACAAAGCAGCAGGAAGUUACAGUGGUGGAAACAUGAGGAAGCUGUCGACUGCCAUGUCUCUGAUUGGAGGGCCACCUGUUGUCUUCCUGGACGAGCCCACCACAGGCAUGGACCCCAAAGCUCGUCGUGCUCUCUGGGACUGCAUUCACAGUGUCAUCAAGGAAGGACGCUCAGUUAUCUUAACAUCCCACAGUAUGGAAGAGUGUGAAGCCCUGUGCACCAGGAUGGCCAUCAUGGUGAACGGCAGGUUCCGAUGUUUGGGCAGUGUCCAACAUUUGAAAAACAGGUUCGGUGAUGGUUACACCAUCAUCUUGAGAGUGGCAGGGCCUGACCCUGACUUAGUGCCUGUCAUGAAGUUCAUAGAAAGCGAGCUGCGUGGCAGCACACUGAAGGAACGUCAUCGAAACAUGUUGCAGUACCAGCUGCCCUCAUCGCUCACCUCACUCGCACACAUCUUUGCCACCCUGGCCGAGAACAAAGAGAAGCUGCGCAUCGAGGACUACUCAGUUACGCAAACCACGCUCGACCAGGUGUUCGUAAACUUUGCGAAGGACCAGAGCGACGAUUAUCACUCCAAAGACAAUUCUGUGAAACGAAAAGAAGCAACUGUCGAAAUCCCGCUGCUGAGCAUUAACUCCAGUGCUGCAAAAGAGAGCGGAGACUGACACAGGCUCACGUGAUGCUUUUGGUCAGGAGGCUGGAGAUCCAGCCGGGACUUAAACAAGUGGCGUAGAGGACCGCCCACCUCAACUGCUGUGAUGUCAUACUGAUGUUAAGUGGGCGGAGUCACCUGCUGCCUUAUGCCAGUCAAUGCAAAAUUAUUCUCUGUGGUGAAGCUGUUCUGCUCAUCACAGACACCAACCAGAAUUUUUUAAAGACUUUGGUUGCUUCCACUCAGACAGUUUCUUAAUGGUGGCGACCUUAACGUGUUUUUAUUGUUGACUAACAAUGAAGAAUCUGAAUAAUUUCAAACGUCUGAAGACUUGACUGAAAAAGAAUCAUUUAAAAAAAAAAAAAAAACAUGCUUUUGAUUUUUUUUAUUUAUGUUUGUAAUGUGAAUGUUUUAUUUUGAAAAGCCAAUCAAGAGAAUUGGCGUGUUGAUUGACAGAUUUGUUCAUGUCAGUGUCAAACAGUAAUUGACUUUCAUCAGCUCCUCACACUACAGUAUUGAUUAAUGAUCAGCUGGUCAUUGAUCCUCUCUUGUGUUUUCUUGUGUCAGACCAGCAGGAGGCGAUGCUGACACCAGCAGCACUUUGUUUUUCUUUGCACUGAUGAUGUCAUGAUGAUGUCAUAAAACAGAAUAGUCUGAUGGUAAAAAAAACUGUUACUGACUCUGAACAAGUCUCAUUAAAGAAACCAAAUCUA